AUGAUAACCCAGACGGAGCAUCAAAAAACCCCACGGGCAAUGUACAGCCGCUGCCGGGUACUCGAUAAUAUAGAUCAGACAGACAGAGUUGUAUCAAGUCUCAUCCUGUUAGGACUGUUUGUAUCAACAAAAAAGACAUCAGACAAAUCAACUUCUUCAGAGUCAGUGCAAUGUGGCUCCUGGAUCAAGAAUCCGGACGGAGGUUUCUUCACAUCUCCCAAUUAUCCAAACAAGUAUCCUCCUGACAAAGAGUGCACAUACAUUAUUGAAGCUGCUCCAAGACAAAGUAUUGAACUUUACUUUGAUGAAAAAUACUCCAUUGAACCUUCUUGGGAAUGCAAAUUUGACCACAUUGAGGUGCGGGAUGGACCUUUCCCAUUUUCAUCUGAAAUUGGACGUUACUGUGGUCAAAAUAUUCCACCUUUUAUAACAUCAUCGGGCAGAUUUUUAUGGAUUAAAUUUGUUGCUGAUGGUGAGCUUGAAUCAAUUGGAUUCCUGGCAAGAUACAACUUUAUACCAGAUCCCGAAUUUGCACACCUUGGUGCCCUGAAACCAUUACCAGUGUGUGAGUUUGAAAUGGGAGGACCUGAGGGAAUCAUUGAAUCAAAGCAAAUCGUACAGGAAGGCAAGGCCAGUCCCACGGAGGCAGUUGAUUGUAAAUGGUUUAUUCGAGCACCACCAAAAUCCAAGAUCUUCUUGAGAUUUCUUGACUACGAGAUGGAGAAUUCUAAUGAGUGCAAGCGGAAUUUUGUGGCAAUCUAUGAUGGAAGCAGCGCGGUGGAGGAUCUGAAAUCCAAGUUCUGCAGCACUGUAGCCAAUGAUUUGAUGCUUCGGACUGGUCUUGGUGUCAUUCGCAUGUGGGCUGACGAGGGCAGUCGGAGCAGUCACUUCCAGAUGCUCUUCACGUCCUUUCAAGAACCCCCCUGUGAAGCUAGCGCUUUCUUCUGCCACAGCAACAUGUGUAUUAAUGACACCUUGGUCUGCAAUGGUGUGCAAAACUGUGUGUAUCCCUGGGAUGAAAAUCACUGUAAAGAGAAAAGAAAGGCUAACCUUCUGGACCAGCUUACCAACACCAGUGGGACCAUAAUCGGGAUCACAUCUUUCAUUGUGAUUAUUCUCAUUGUUAUCUCUGUUAUAGUUCAGAUCAAACAGCCGCGCAAAAAAUUCAUCCAAAGAAAACCAGACUUUGACCAAACAGUUUUUCAGGAGGUUUUUGAGCCCACACACUAUGAACUCUGUUCACUAAAAGGAAAGGGGGCUGCAGCUGAUCUAGGGGACAUUGUAGACGACUUUGAGAACUACCAUAAACUGAGGCGAUCGUCUUCUAAAUGCAUUCAUGACCAUCACUGUGGAUCUCAGAUAUCCAGCAUUAAAGGCAGCCGUAGUAACCUCAGCACCCGUGAUGCCACCAUCCUCUCAGAAAUACAACCACAGCCAGUGAAGCCCAGCGUGCAGUCAUUAAGUCGACGGAAUAUCCUGGUCAUGAAGCACAGCUACUCACAGGACGCAGCGGAUGCUUGUGAUAUUGAUGAGAUCGAAGAAGUCCCGACUACAAGUCACAGGCUGUCCAGAAAUGAUAAGGCUAUGCAGCGAGGGAUGCCCCUGAGACUGGAACAGAAUGACAGUGAUGAUUGUGAAAUACAUCAAGAAAGACAAACAGGACCUUACUUCCUCCACCACUGUUAAAAAAGCUCAUCACCCACCCACUCCCACCCCCACACCUUGGCUAGCUAGGACGAACAACAUAUUUUCAGGCUCUUCACUAUGAUCAAAGUUAGCAUCAUUACCAGUCUCACACUGCAGCACAUUAUAGAUGCAGAGGAAAAAAAAAUUCUAAGUGCCUGAGCCCAUACUCAUCGACCGACAGGGAUUGGAUUUGCAUAAUUGGCAGAGUGUUUAUUAAAUAGAAACUUCAGGUUUGGAAAGCACUGCAAUUAUUUCUUUGCAGUGAAACUACUACAGUUCAAAACUAUAGGCAUCUCAGCCCAACAUAUGGCUUGAUCCAUCACACUUUAACUGCAUGUGAUUGAAGUCCAGAGUGAUUAUAUUUUGCUUUUUUUUUGCUGUGUUUAUUUUAUCAGGUACAGCAAGUUUCUACCAACAAAAGUGCAAUUCCAAUUUUAAAAACCAAACUGUGUUUUUCAGAAAGAGAUUUGCUUGUUAGGUCCAAGUGUCCCAUCUCACCGCCAUCUUAGGACGCAGCAGGAGCAAUGAAAGCUUAUUUGAUAUUAUUGCUCCCAAAAAGAAUGUAAUUAUUUCAGAUGUCUUCUCUGAGCAUAAACAUUAAAUUGUCAAAGCAUCUGUGCAUAUAUGCAUUUAUUGAGGAGGUGCUGUCGUUUAAAUGCAAAAAAGUACCAUUUUGAAAUUUGAAUACUGCAAUAUAAAACCAGAACAUGAUGUUUUACUGAAUUUGUUUUGCAAUUUUAUUUCCAUUAUACAUGUGACAUUCUGUUCCUACAAGCUGCCAGUUACCACUGUCAAAUAUGUAUGUUGUUGCUACUUUUGUUAUUGCAUUGCUUUGGGCUUUUUACGGAAAAAUGAAAAUAAAUCAUUAAAUUAUUG